ACCGGUCUUUACGCCAUUUUAUAGCCAUUGGAAGCUGAACGUUUUCUGCGAGCUCCUUCUAUUUUAACUGAAAAAUCUCCGUCAAGAUGGGUUUUGGAGACCUGAAAACAGAUGCUGGUUUGAAAGCUUUAAACGAGUAUAUGUCUACUCGCAGCUACGUCGAAGGCUAUGAACCAUCUCAAGCCGACAGUGUUGUCUUUGGUGGACUUACUACUUCGCCCUCUGCAAAUUACUGUCAUGCCAAACGCUGGUUUGAGCACAUUAAAUCUUUCAAGACACAAGUUGCAAAAUUCCCUGGAGUCAAGAAGAGUCUAGACUCCUAUGGCACUGGAACAACUGCUACAAAGUCUAAACCAGCUGAUGACAGUGAUAAUGAUGAUGAUGACAUUGAUCUCUUUGGUUCUGAUGAUGAUGAGGAGGACGAGGAAAGGAAAAAGGAACACCAGAAGCGAAUUGAAGAAUAUAAUUUAAAGAAGAGCAAAAAGCCUGCUAUUAUUGCCAAGAGUAACCUUAUUUUGGAUGUAAAGCCAUGGGACGAUGAGACUGACAUGUCCAAGUUAGAAGAAUGUGUGCGAAGUGUUAGCUGUGAUGGUCUACUGUGGGGUGCUUCUAAAUUUGUUCCAGUUGGCUAUGGCAUUAAAAAACUACAGAUUACCUGUGUGGUUGAAGAUGAUAAGGUUGGCACAGAUUAUCUUGACGAAGAGAUUACCAAAUUUGAAGACUAUGUACAAUCUGUAGACGUUGUUGCCUUCAAUAAAAUUUAAAUUUCAUCAAAUCUUUAAGCAGAAACUGUGUAAUAAAAUAUAUAAAAUGUG